AAGUCCGUUAGUGACUCCCAGCCUCGACACUAUGGAGUCUGACCGACAGUAAGACAGACUCGCAGACAGACGGGCAGGAAGAGGGACAUUAGACAGGCAGCGAAAAGACAGGAAAGACUGAGUUUGUAGCCUGAGAAGGUUCGAGCCGAGGAUGGAGAAGAGACGACAAACGAGAGACACUAAAUAUCUGGAAUUAAAUGAAAACUUGAAAUAAGGAAUUAUCUUCGUUAAGAGACGCAGACGGGAGUUGUUUUCUGUUCCUCAAGGAUUUGUUCUACGCUGAAGACAAAGGAAAAAGAAGGAAGAGGAUAUUUGACUAAAUCUACCUUUUACCCAGUGAAUGUAAACUUUCAUCUUCUACCUCAGCCUCAGGAUUAUGGUGGCGUUUGCUCGCUCUGACCAUCUGAAGGACGAUCAAAAUGCUGAAAUGUAAAGUUGAUAGAUUUCUCUGCUGCCUGUGUUUCACCUCACUGCUGCUGCUCCAGGAUGUGAUCAGAGCAGCUCCCACAGACGACCAGUCUCCAUGUAACAUCUCUGUAUCUGAACCAGUGUCCAGCCUGGACUCCAUAUCACUGACUGUUAACACAUCUGGAUGGAACUGCUCCUUCCUCCUGACGUCUCCUGACGCCGGAGGAGACCCCGGCGAGUGUCGAAGGAGAGAACACGAGCAGUUACAGACUAAUGACACUGGUGGACGAGGAGAAGCGGAGGACAAGGUGGAGGAGGUGGGAUCUAACUAUCUGGGGACCAAUCAGCUCGCAGAUGGUGGGAACGAGACCGUGGAAGAUGUUUUCACCUGUGUGAUGGAUCACCUGGAGCCUGGGACGGCCUAUCAGCUGCAGGUUCGCUCCCAGAGAGACGAGCAUACGGCAAACGUCACGGUGCACACGAGGCCGUCAGCGGUCAGCGGCCUGGCAGUGACCUCCACGACCUGCAGCAGCCUGGGCCUCUCCUGGCAGGCCGGCCCCGGCAGGACGCAGCGCUUCAGGCUGCAGCUGUGGGACCGAGCUCCGGGUCCCGAUCGCUCAGGGCUGAUGAAGAACGAGACGUUGGAGAGCACGACGACACAACACACGCUCGUUGGCCUGACGCCGGGACGACUGUACAACGUUACCGUGGUAACCGAGGCUGGAGAUCUGCAGAGCAGCCGGACGAUCGAGGCCCAGACAGCUCCUGCUCCCGUGUCCAACAUCACCAGCGACUUCCACAACAGCACAAGCUUUUUGUUGUCAUGGCAACAGCCCACAGGCGACCUGGAGGCUGUCGUGGUCACCCUCUCGACCAAUGGCACGAGACUCUGGGAGACGACGCUUCCACCAAACGCCACAGAGGUCGCCAUAGACCAGCUGACUCCAGGCUCGACCUAUCAGGUCACAGCUGUGUCCAGGAGUGGUGAGCUGACGAGCCAAUCAGAAAUCAGCAUCAGCACAGCUCAGGCAGCGGCGUCCUUCCUCUCCCUGUCUCCCUCCUCUUCCUCCACGGGCCUCGUCCUGUGUUGGACGCCCCCUCAUGGCCACUGGCAGAGUUACAGGCUGUUCCUGUUCGACAGCCUCCAGCAGUUAGUCGACACCCGUGUGGACAGAGAGGCAGUGAAGUUCAUCUUCCCUGGGACGGAUCUAACACCUGGGAGGACGUACAGAGCUGUGCUGAGGGUGGAGGGGGGGGGACUGUCGGCUGAGAGCAGCUGUGAAGGAACAACAGCUCCGGCUGCCGUGGUCAAUCUUCAUAUUCAACACUCGGACGAGACCUCGCUCAGCGCCAUGUGGAGCCACGCCCCUUCCGGGUCACGUGACAGCUACUUCCUCACUAUUCGCCAUGAUAACGUCACCGUGGAUACCAGAGAGGUGGAGCCUAACAUGAGGGAGUGCACGUUCAACGUGCUCACACCUGGGAGACGGUACUCCAUCACCGUGGCAACCAGGAGCGUGAACCUGAACACGUCUGUGUCUGUAGAGGGAAGCACAGUUCCCAUGGCGUUGGGUACCAUCACUCUGAGUAGCUCAGGAGUCGACAGCCUCCAGGCAUCAUGGGAAAAGCCACCAGGCGACGUGGACUCGUACACACUGACCCUGCUGCACGACAGUGUUGUGGUGCAGAACCUCAGUGUUUCCGUCACGUCCUCCUCUCUGCUGCUGACUGGGUUGAUGCCCGGCGCCCUCUACAGGCUGCAGGCUGCUGCUGUCAGCGAGGGACUGACGUCUAAACUCACCAGUCUGGAGGGACGCACAUCCCCAUCAUCCGUCACCGAGGUAACCGUUGCUAACGGCGGCAGGUCUGACACUCUGCAGGUGUCAUGGCGUCUGGCGCUGGGCAUGGUGGACAGUUACCUGGUCCAUCUUCAGGACGGGAGGAGAACCGUCCACACGCUCGCCGUGUCGCGCUCCUCGCCGCCCGAGUGCUCCUUCAGCUCGCUGGUUGCCGGGCGACUGUACACGGUGGACAUCAUAACGAGGAGCGGCGGCCUGCAGAACGCCACCAUGGUUAAAGCACGAACACAACCUGCGACUGUUCAGAACCCGACAGCUGUUCACUCUGCAAGAGACGAUUUCCUCAAGGUGUACUGGCGUCACGCAGCAGGAGAUCUGGAUCGCUACGUGGUUCUGAUCCGGUACAACCACAGCGUCCUGCAGAACAAGAGCGUCUCCGCCGGACACAACGAGUGCGUCUUCUCGUCCCUGACGCCGGGGAGACUCUACACCGUCACCGUGGAAACCUGGAGCGGGAGCUACGUCAGCAGCGUCUCCACUGACGGACGAACCUUUCCAGCAGCUGUUGGAAAUCUGUCGCUAGGCGACGCGGGAACAGGUGAUCUGACUGUCACCUGGAGCCCCGCCCCCGGAGACGUGGACCAUUAUGAGGUCACUCUGCUCUUCAAUGACACCCGGGUUUUCCCUCCGGUGACGUUGGGCAGUGACGUGCGGCGCCACCAGCUGACCUCUCUGACCCCCGGGCGUCUCUAUAAGAUGGUGGUGUCCACGUUCAGCGGACCGAACCAGAGAGCCCAGUUCAUCGAGGGACGGACAGUUCCCAGUCCGGUGGGAAACCUCCACUUGACUCCUCGCCCUGGACUGAAGGACUCUGUCGGGGGACUCCUGGUCUCCUGGACUCCCGGAGACGGAGACAUGGACAUGUACAUCGUCUCCCUGUCAACUACGGAUGGCGUCCUUAUGGAGACGCGUCCCGUCCCCAAACACGUCACCUCGCUGGACUUCCUGGACCUGGUCCCAGGCCACGCCUACACCAUCACCAUCCAAUCACUGAGCGGGAAGUUGAGCAACACCAAGUCAGCCUCUGGCAGGACGGCUCCAGCCAGUGUCACGGCCCUGCAGGCGGACAACGACCACACCACCCACAGCCUCACCGUCACCUGGGAGAGGCCGGUGGGCGUGUACGACGGCUACAGCCUGCAGCUACUGGACGAGGCCGGCGUCGUCGUGGCCAACCGGUCGGUGCCUGUGGCGAGUCGAAGCGAGCGGCUGGAGGGUCUGACCUCAGGGAGGCGCUAUGGCGUGAGGCUGGUGACGCUGAGCGGCGGCGUCCCGUCUCUGGAGGCCACAGCAGAGGGACAAACACGUCCGGCUGCCGUCAGUAAUCUGACCGUCACCUCGGCCAACACCUCCUCGCUCUCCUUCACCUGGCGUCCCUCAGACGGACACGUGGAAAUCUACGACCUGUCUCUGUACAGCGUCCCGGAGGCAACAGCCAAUCACAGACAGGAUGCUGCAGGGAGACGGAAGGGGAAUACUCAGGGUGCCGGUGAACUGGUGGACCUGCAGAAAGUCGGCUCGGCUGCAGACAGCUGUGUUUUCUCUGGACUCGCAGCAGGAAGUUUGUACCGACUGCAGGUGGUGAGCUGGAGCAGAACAAUGAGCAGCGACUCGUCUGUACUCGCCAGAACUGUCCCGUCCCAGGUUUCAUCUCUCCAGGUUCAGAGCUCAAGACGGACGGACAGACUGACGGUCAGCUGGCAGCACGCUGAGGGAAGCUGGAGCAGCUUCCAGGUCGUCCUGUACGAUGUCUCCGGAGCCACUCUGGGUGCUCAGACGCUGGGGGCGGAGCACACGAGUCACAUGUUCCCAGGGCUGAUCCCUGGUAGGCUGUACCGCGCUGAGGUCAUCACGCACAGCGGGGAACUGACCAAUAACGUCUCAGCCUUUGGACGCACGUCUCCACUGCCACCCGACCACCUGUCCGUCAAACAAGGCGCGACCAAUGAGACUGUAGAGCUGUCGUGGUUUGGUCCCGCCUCUGGGGACUACGAUAACUUCAGCCUUCAGUGGACUCCUCCCGAUCACCUGUCAAUCACACACACCCACCUGACGGGGUGCGUGGUGGGCGGGAUGUUUCCAGGGCGACAGUACAACUUCACCGUGACGACCGUGAGCGGGGGCGGGGCCAGGGGCGGGCUCACAGCCAGGAGCCAGCCUAUCCAGAGGAGCGUCAGAACAAGUCCAUAUCCUCUCAGGUCCAUCCACUGCUUCCCUCUCUCGUCCUCCUCGCUCUCCUGCUCCUGGUCACCUCCUCUCUCUGACUUCGACUCCUACGAGGUCGAGUGUCGUUGUCAGGACAACGGGGAGCUGACCUCGGCUCUGAGGCUGGAUGAGGGCGUCACCGCGGUAACGCUGGACCACCUGGAGGCGUACAGGAAGUACUCAGUGACGGUCAGAGUGUCGUCAGCCGCACACACGAGUCUGCCAGUAACACACACCACUGUCACCAUGAUAGACCGUCCUCCAGUCCCGCCCCCCAGCGUGCGUGUCGGCGAGAGAUCGAAGGUCACGUCGUCCUCCAUCUUGUUUCGCUUCAACUGCUCCUGGUUCAGCGACGCCAACGGAGCCGUCCGAUACUUCGCUGUGGUCGUCGCCGAGUCUGACGCCCCCGAGCUCCUGCAGCCGGAGCAGCGCCACCCUCUGCCCUCGUACCGCGACUACACCAGCAACUCAUCCGUCAGAGCCUAUCAGACCGCCUACUUCCCCAGCCGCUGCCCGCAGGAUGCAGAGACCUCUGCUGGACAGGUGGUGGAGAUAAACCUGGGGGCGGGGGGGGACCGACUGGGCGGGGCCUGUGACCAUUACCAUGACGACGACCUCUACCUGAGUGACAGCUACGGUGGCUUCUGUGACGGACCGCUGAAAGCAAAAACAUCCUACAGGCUGAGUGUUCGAGCCUUCACGAAACUGUUUGAUGAAAACCACAGCGAGUUUCCUGAGCCGCUCUUCACAGACACCUACCUGUCGACGCCGCUCAGGACGCACGCAGAGCCUCUAGGUGGUGUGGUGGAGGGUUUGAGUGCUGGGAUGUUUCUGAUCGGGAUGAUGGUGGCCGUCGUCUCUCUGCUGGUUUACAGACAGCGGCUGCGCAAAGUGGCUGUGCAGGAGAACCCGGUGGUGAGGAUGAGCAUGUGGAAAGAGGUUCCAGCUGCAGGCAUGUAUAUGGGAGUCAGGAGCAAUCGUCGAGUCACCAGUCCCGUCAAGGCCUGCCACUUCGAGUCUCAUCUCACCAAGCUCCAGGCCGACUCCAACUACCUGCUGUCUGAGGAGUUCGAGGAUCUGAAGGAUGUGGGUCGGAACCAAACCAUGGACGUGGCCCGGCUGCCAGAGAACAGAGGAAAGAACCGAUACAACAACAUCCUGCCAUAUGAUUCUACCAGAGUAAAGUUGUCGUACCUGGAGGACGACCCCUGCUCCGACUACAUCAACGCCAGCUACAUACCUGGUAACAACUACCGCAGGGAGUACAUCGCCACUCAGGGCCCGCUGCCCGGCACCAAAGAUGACUUCUGGCGGAUGGUGUGGGAGCAUGGCGUCUACAACGUUGUCAUGGUGACGCAGUGUGUGGAGAAAGGACGAGUGAAGUGUGAUCAGUACUGGCCGGAAGACAGAGAACCUCUGUACUACGGCGAGCUGGUCAUUCAGAUGCUGUCGGAGUCCGUGCUGCCGGAGUGGACCAUCAGAGAGUUCAAGAUCACCUCGGAGAGCAGUUACCCUCGGGUGCUGCGUCACUUCCACUACACGGUGUGGCCCGACCACGGCGUCCCGGAGAGCACCCAGUCCCUGAUCCAGUUCGUCAGGACGGUCCGGGACUACGUGGACCGGUCGCCCAGCAGCGGAGCCACCGUCGUGCACUGCAGUGCUGGUGUUGGACGCACUGGGACCUUCAUCGCACUGGACCGGGCUCUGCAGCAGCUGGACUCUAAAGGAACCAUCGACCUGUACGGCUGCGUGUUCGACCUCCGGCUGCACCGUCAGCACAUGGUCCAAACCGAGUGCCAGUAUUCCUUCCUGCACCAGUGUGUACGGGACGUCCUGAGAGCCAGGAAGCUCCGCAGCGAGCAGGAGAACCCUCUGUACCCCAUCUACGAGAACUUCAACCCCGAGUACUGUCGCGAUUUCAUGUACACUGGACGUUAAGCUGUUGGAGAGAAGAAACGUUUCUGUUCAUCCGGCUGAAGAAAUCAAAAUGAUCUGAAUUAGAAGAAAACAUGAGAAACACAAAACGGGGAAAAACCUCCUUCGUUUGAAUAAAACGUAGGAACAUUUAUGAUGUGAUGUCGGUCGACAUUUUAAAUUAACUUCAAACUGGUGAUUUCAGAUUUGACCGUAAACACUCGAAGUUUAAAAAACAGUUGGAGAUUUAUUUAAACAUUAAUUUGGUCCAUAUUUGUUUCAAUCUUUGAAUAUUUGUUUUAUCAAAAAUAACAAAAGACUAAACCUAAAUAAUCCAAGUAUUUUAUAUUAUUUCAACCGGCUGUCAGAACCCAAAUCUUUUGGUUGUACUCAGGUCUUUGGGUUUUAAAUAUGAUUAUUAAAAACAUGUAUUUUUCCAAUCUGCUGUCAGCUCACCAGCUAAUUUUAAUAUUGAGUGAUCACAGGGAAGGAAAGAGCCAUCGUCUGUCGUCACUGAUGUUCUCACAUACCGAGACUUAUAAGCUGUUUAUUUAAAAGGUUUCACAUAUUGCUGUAUGUAAAUACUGGUGUAAUACUCUUUUAUACAAUAAUGAAUAUAAACCAUGUUUGAUAUUUUAAUUGUGGGUGAAAGACAUUAUAAACUGUUCCUGUGUUCGUUGUAGUUACGGCUUUUUUUAAUUCUUCAACAAAAACCUGUUUGAAUAUAAUGCAGAAGUUUUAUGUGUUUCUACUUAUUGAGGUUAAGUUCCAAACUUACUGUUUAGAUUUUGGCUUGUAAAUUGUGUUAAGUCUCAAGUUGUGCACAUUAGAACCAGGGACACACAUAAAGAAAUGCUCCUUCACUUACGGAUGUGUGCUCAGUUUGAUAUUAAUCGCCGUAUUUAUUAAAAUAUCUCAAAUGUAUAAUCGGAUUGUUUUUUUCUUUUAUUUCAAAAGUAUUAGAAGUUCACAUUUAAAAUCUUUGGUAAGUUCUCAUUUCGUUGUAUUUGACUGUCGGUGUUUGAUUUGUGUUUGAAAAGAACAAUUGGUUUUGUUGGAUUUUUGAACAGGAUAUGGGGCUUUGCAAUAAUUAAUAUAAAAAGAAUUUUGAAAGUAAAAGUUAAUGAUUCCAGGUAAAAUGAACUUUGAGUCUAACAACACAGAAAACUGCUUCUUUAUCUAUAACUGGAAAACUGAGAGAAUGUAAAAGCACUUUUUAUAAAGUUGUCCCACUGCUGUUGGAUCAAUAUCAAAUUGAUGAUACAUUGAUAAUUAAAAAUUGAUGACAAAUAA